AUGGCAGCUGUAUAUAGUAUUGAAAAUGGGGUCAGAAGGGUUUUACCUUAUUUCCAUCAGACUAAGGUUUAUGCCAAAGGAAGAUGGCUCAACCAAACUGUGGUAGAUGUGCUAUCGAAAGAGCUCAGUUAUAGUAGAGAGCGUUUGAAGCGAGAUAUCCAUCAGGAGCAACUUUAUGUGGUGAGAACAUCGAAAGAUGGCACUGAAGAAGUCCUUCAUAAAGGAUGGGAUCAAUUGCUGGACUUGAAACUUCGAAAUAAAGAUCUAGUACUCUACACCCAACAUAGACAUGAACCCAAUGUACCACAUGAUACGGGGUAUUUCGAUGAUGAGAACUGUAACCAUAAUAGUACAUUCCCAAGUCAGUGCAAGACUAAAAUGAAAAUAGUAUAUGAAGAUGAUGAAAUUAUGGUCAUUGAUAAACCCUCGGGCAUCCCAUGCCAUCCAGUUAGAAAAUACAACCAUAAUACCAUUCUAGGAAUCAUCAAAAACGAAACAGGGCUAGAUUUUCUUCAUAACUGCCACAGAUUAGACAAAGGUACUUCAGGUAUUUUAAUCUUAGCGAAAACAAAAGGAGCUGCUAGCAAAUACCCUAGAAUUAUAGAACGAGAAAAAAAGUAUACCACCAAACAGUAUCUAGCUCGGGUAGAAGGUGAUUUCCCUGAGAACGAGUUUAUGAUUCGAUGUCCAGUUUUUGCCCUAAACACUGCUGACGGUCGAAUACUUCAUUCCAACAAUAAUAUUUUACCAACAGAUACAGCGACUGUAUUCAAGAGAGUGUCAUACAACAAGAACUUGAACCAAAGCAUCGUAAUGUGCACUGCAGUUACGGGGAAAAUGCACCAAAUACGUAUUCAUCUUCGACUCACAGGACAUCCAAUAGUUAAUGAUUUGCACUAUAAUAAUAUUAGGGAGAAUAAUAACGUCGUCCUAACAUUGAAAAACAAAAUAGAAACAGCUAUCUAUGAGAUUUUGUUUGCUAAAUAUCCUCACUUCAAGGAAAGACUCAAUGUUGCAGAUGCAACAGAUAACGUAGUGUCAACCAUUGAUCUUCAAUUGGAAACAGAGUUUAAGAUUGACCCUACUAUUACCAAAUUAGUGGAUCGACUCAAGCAAACUAAAUUACAGCACCUUUCCAGUUUAAAGCUGAAUGGAGAUAUAUGUGAAGUUUGCCAACAAGAGUUAGUCGAUGAUGACCUUGACCUUGCUGAUCAACAAAUAUGGCUUCAUUCAUACCAAUAUUCCUAUGUCAAAGAUGGGGAUGAGAUAUUCAACUACAAAACUGCAUUACCAUCUUGGUGCAAUAUAUAG